CGCAGAACAAGCAUCAUGAUAUGGGGUUCGCGUUGCAAAGUUGGCUCUUACUUCAUCUCUUUUUGAUUUAACUUUUUUUUAACCAUGGAUGAAGAAUACGAUGUCAUUGUUCUCGGUACUGGCUUGACCGAGUGUAUCCUUUCUGGUCUUCUCUCCGUUGACGGCAAGAAGGUUUUACACAUGGACCGCAACGACUACUAUGGUGGUGAAUCUGCAUCGCUCAACUUGACCCAGCUUUACAACAAGUUCCGUCCUGGCCAGACUCCUCCCGAACAACUCGGUCGUGAUCGCGACUGGAACAUUGACCUUAUCCCCAAGUUCAUGAUGGCCAACGGUGAAAUUGUGCGUUUCUUGACACACACUGAUGUCACAAAGUACCUUGAGUUCAAGCAGAUUGCCGGCUCAUAUGUGUACCGUGAUGGCAAGAUUGCAAAGGUUCCUUCCAACGAGCGUGAAGCAUUGGGCUCAUCGUUGAUGGGUAUCUUUGAAAAGCGUCGUAUGAAGAAGUUCUUGGAAUGGGUGCAGAAGGUUAAAGAUGAGGACCCCUCGACCCAUCAAGGCAUUAAUGUAAACCAGGAUACUAUGACUUCUGUAUAUAAGAAGUUUGGUUUGGAUGCUGGCACUCAAGACUUUAUUGGUCAUGCUAUGGCUCUUCAUCUUGACGAUACCUACCUUGAGCAGCCUGCUCGUGAUACCGUUGAGAAGAUCAAGCUUUAUGCUGCAUCUGUUCUCCGCUACGGCAAGUCUCCCUAUAUCUACCCCAUGUACGGUCUCGGUGACCUCCCUCAAGCUUUCGCUAGAUUGAGUGCUGUAUAUGGUGGCACUUACAUGUUGGACAAGCCAAUAAGCGAGUUUAUCUAUGAUGAAAGCGGCAAAGUAUCCGGUGUCAAGUCUGGCGACGAAGUUGUGCGCGCCAAGAAGGUCAUUUGCGAUCCUUCCUACGCCCCGGCUAAAGUCGAAAAGACCGGUUCCGUUGUCCGCGCCAUUUGCUUGUUGACGCAUCCUAUUCCCAACACUGAAAAUAUCGACUCUGUCCAAAUCGUCAUCCCGCAAAACCAGGUUGGCCGCAAGCACGAUGUCUAUGUCGCCUGUGUCAGCAGCUCUCACAUGGUUUGCGCCAAGGACUACUACCUUGCUAUCGUCUCUACCAUUGUCGAAACUGAUAAGCCCGAGCAGGAGAUCCAGAGUGGUCUCAACCUCCUGGGUCCUAUCCAUGACAAGUUUGUCUCGGUCAGCCCAUUGGAGAAACCCGCUCAAGACGGUACCAACGACCAAGUAUUUAUCUCCAAGUCGUAUGAUGCUACGUCCCACUUUGAAACCGUUUGUGAUGAUGUUCAUGAUCUCUGGAAGCGUAUCACUGGGGAGCCAUUGGUACUCAAGAAUCGCAGCGAGGAGGAAGCUGCUUAAAGAAUCCCAUCCACUAUUCGUUUUAAAACACCUAGUCUUUGUAGCUUUCUCGCUCUGCCCUAAAAACAGAGAAAGCAUUCGUUUCCACAUUUUUUUCAAUGAAAAUAUAUUCCAUCCUUUUUUUAUCACAUUUCACUG